UUGAGUAUAUUCGCGCUUCCUGUAUGUCACAACACCAUUUUCCACGAAUAUCUACAUCGAUACUUUAGGGAACUGAAUUUAUGAACAGUUUUUGAUUAUUUUUGUUGAUUAUGAAUCCCGAAAAAUGUUUGGGUCGGUCUGCAACAGUGGUGCUUCGAGAGGGAACCUAUCAUGGCAUUAUAAGUCGUUUAGACAGUGUUAGUCGGCGAAUAACUCUUCGAGAUGUAUGUGACCCUGUUAGUGGCAGAAAAUAUCCUGGACCUCGCCAUUUCUAUGUUGUAGAAAUUUUGGAAAUGAAAUUUGAUGUUGAUAAUGAAUAUCCUGAAGAAGAUGCAACACAGAGUGACAUGGCCAGCUUCAGUUAUGAGGAAGAUGAACCUAAUGAAUUUGAUACAGACGAAAAAAGUGAGGAAGAUGAGAUGACACAAACUGAAAAGAACCAUUCAAACAAAGACCUGGCAAAAUCAUGUGAUAAAUUCACUAUCGUAGAAAGCAAAAAUCUCAAAGCUACUUUAGAUUUCAUUCAAAGAGAACACUCAAUUGGUUUGAAUAUAGAGAGCUCAGGAGAAGGUCGAUUUGGGACAAUUGUCUGGGUUACGAUAGCAGUGAAAUCACACGUCUAUAUUUUUGACUUUAGAACUUUGGAGAAGAAAAUUUUCAGUCUUGGACUGAAAGCCAUUUUAGAGGACUUGACUAUAACUAAAUUUAUCCAUGAUUGCCGUUUUAUAUCAGAUCUUCUCUACAACAAAUAUAAUGUGCAAUUAGCAAAUGUUUUUGAUACACAGGUUGCUGAUGUGUUUGUUCAUCGUAUAUGGCAUGGGUGUGGUCAUCGAGAUACGUGGCCAAAACAUGUCCAGAACCUGGCUGCUUGUUUAUAUGGUCACUUGGAACUAAGCACAGAACAGAUAUCUUGCAUCCGAAUCAGGCAAAACAGAUCAAAACAAGAAGAAGAUUUUUGGACUCAACAUCCACUUUCUGCCUCACUAGCAGAACGUCUGUAUUCAAGUGUUGUCUACAUAGAAGAACUAGGACAUUUAUUAAUGAACAAAAUGAUGGUUGAAUAUUUGGCAUGUGUAGAUAUUUACCUUGGGACUACGAGGGACUUGAAUGAUUCUGAAGCUCUCUGGACAUUGAAUAAAAGAGAGUAUUUGCCGAAAUCUUUUUCUGAUCUACAUAAAUUUACUCAUGUUAUCAAAGAAAGUUUCAAAAAUAAGGAAAAUAGACCAGUUUAUUUUAGACAACCCAAAAGUUGUUCUUGUAAUUCUCCAACUUCAAAUAAAAAAACCUUGCAGUCUUCUGAAAAUUUUGUAAAUGUUAAGGAUACGAAGUGUCAGAAAGCCUCCAAGGUGUUUCCUUCACAUCAUAAUAAAGUCUGUAAAAAUGGUGAAAAAUCUUCUUCAUGUAAAAAAUUGGCAGACAGCAAAGGUCAUUCAACACUUAAACACUUUUUAAAUGAUAAAGAAUCAUUAAAAGAUUGUGAAGACUUCUUAAGCAAGAAAGAGCGUCCAUAUCAGAAAGAUUUUGAAUAUGUUAAAGAGCAGUCUUCACAUAAACAUUUUGAAAAUAUCAAAAGAACAUCUGUGCAGGAGACCUUGUGUGGUAAAGAAUGCUGCACAUGUUUUAAAGACUUCUCAAAAAACAAAGAACUUUCUUCAUAUAAAGAAUAUGAGGAUUGUCAACAGCCUUCUGCACAAUGUAAUUCAUUUUCCUCAACAAUGUUCAAAGAUCACAAAGAAACAAGGCAUCAGUCUGCUCACCUUAAAGACUACCUUAAGGACAAAGAAUCACCAUCUCAUAAAAAUUACAUGAACACUCCAGAUCCUUCACUUCAUUCCAAACGAUUCAUAAAGAACAAAGCAAUUUCAACAUCUAAAAAUUUCACAGAGGAAUCAUCAGAUAAGGAAUUAUCAGAUAGUAGCUCGGACAGUAAAAACACACCAGUCAGAAACAUGGACUUCACUAGUCUUAAGAAUUCUAAAGAGCCUGAAGAAGAAGAUAUUUUAGUUGAAGCUGCUCAAAAGAUUUUUCAGAGUGACUUCACACCGGGACUAAGAAAGUUUCUAGAGCUAUCAUCUGAUUCUAGGUCCAAAUUAAAUUGUUGGCGGACUGAGAAGGAAAGCAGUAGCUCAAACAUGGAGGAUUCCAAAUAUUCCUCAUGUGACGACCAUCAGGAAACAGAGAAAGUUAACAAUAAACUUGAUGUAGACAGUUCUCGUGUAAAUUGGUCUUUAUACAAAGGGGAUGUUCAUAAUUACAAUAAUGUGAACUUUUAUCCAGCAGGCUGUACCAUUCAUCCACCAAAAAAGGGAACUAAUAGCACAAGUGGUAAAAAGUAUAGACGCUCAUAGUCAAAAUAACAAUUCUGCUGAAAACCACCACUGCCCUUGCCACCACCACUCCUUGCUGAGGAGUAAAGAAAUAUUGAAGAAAUUACCAAUCAGUUUUAUAUUUUUGUUGAAAUUCCUGCCACAGAUCAAGUAACCAAUUCUGUCAAAAACACAAACUGUUUUAAAAUGUAUGAUAUUUUGUUAUAUGUAUUAUUUUAUAAUUAUAUUAUAUUGUAAAGAUUUUAUACCCAAGCACUUUUGCCAGUUGAACAGGCAUUGUUUUAUGGUUUAAAUACUGUUGAAGGGACAUCAUCAUAAUUUGUUUACAUUUAUACUACAGCUAACAGUUAUAAAAAUUAUACAUGCCAUCGUGGACAACGAAUGUUAAAUGAUGAUGAUAACAACAACGACAACAACUACGACUGGUGCUGCUGGUGAUUUCCAGAAUUUGUCAUUUUGUUUUACCAUUAUAUAUAAACCUUAACAUUAGCUGUGGCUGUGGUUAAAGAUAGACUUUUUCUUUUCAUAUUCUAUCCAGCCAAUAAUAGCUCAUUUCAGAACUCAAUCAAUCAAAAGUCAUUGCCUUGAAAGGGCAUUAAACUCACUACAUGCGGCACAGCUUCCUCCCCUAUGUUUUCUACCAUCUUGCUCUCGCAUUUCUAUCCUUCCUUUCACCAAGGGUUUCUGUGUGAAUUACCACAUAUACUAGAAGCAGUGUGUCAUGGUUUUCUGUUACGUUAACAAACUACUUACUUUUCAGUCUUUUAACAAUCAACAAAAGGGUUUCAUUGUUUGCGGUCUUCCUAACGCUGAUGUUCUGCAUUAUUCUGUCAUUAGUUUCAGCCAGAGAUUGUGGUUGUAUUGGGCCCCCCACUAUUAUGGAAUGCAAAGCUUCUUUCUAUACAAUUAUAUUUUAAAAGCCAUGGUCAUUUUCUUACUUUCAACAUCUAACCUAUCUGUAUCUAUACAGUACAGCUGAGAUUACUGUUGCUCUUUAUAAAAAUAUGUUUUUUGUCAUCAUCAUCAUCAUCAAUAUUUUAUGUCCAUUUUCCAUGCUGACCUGGGUUGGAUGACUUGACAGGAACUAGCAAGGCCAGGGGCUGCACCAAGUUCCAUAGUCUCUUUUGUCUAGGUUUCCAUGGCUGGAUGUCCUUCCUAAUGCCAACCACCCCACAGAGUGUAUUGGGUGCUCUUUACGUAGCACUAGCACCCACAUCAGUGCUUUAAUUUAAAAAUUCUUUUUCCAGAGUCUGAUUUUGCUAAAUCCACUGUAGUUCUUCAAUUCUAUGUUCCUCUUCAUUAUGUCUCUUAAACUAAUAUUCUCAGCAAGACAUGUUGUUAGGUCUCUGGAUUCUUCAUUUUCUACCUUAACCCUUUACCUUUUCCAUGUAUCAUAUAUGGUACACAUUCUGAAUCUUUCUUUUCAACCACCCGAGUAACUUGAGACUUAUGAAAGGCAAGCUUUAUAUUACUUGGUGUAUGAAACAAGGGCUAACUAAAAGUCUGAAAACAAGUAUGGCUAUUUAGGACAAGCUUACGAAAAUUGCUUGGACACCCAAAGAAUUAAAGAAAUAUCAUCAGUAGAAUGGAAAUUGCUGACUUUUCUACCUCUUACAUUAAUAUUUUCCUUCAAAAAUCACAAUCAUAAAUUGUUCAGAUUAGUGAAAGUAAUGUUUUGUUCCCAGAUUUUGUGGUUAUUUCUUUGACAAUGGCACACCUAGAUAUAAUUAGCUUUAUAAUUUGAAUACAUUAUAUGCUGACAGUUCCCCCUAUUUUGUAAUGAGGCAAGUUUGCAGAAUUGUUGAUAACUAGUGAACCAUUUCAGAUUGGUAAGCACAUUCAUAGUUAUAGAUACUUUGUAAUUUCUGUUGUGUUGUCAAUGAAAGGAAGCACACCUGACUACUGAAAAAGCUGUUUUACUCUUUUACUUGUUUCAGUCAUUUGACUGUGGUCAUGCUGGAGCACUGCCUUUAGUCGAGCAAAUCAACCCCAGGACUUAUUCUUUGUAAGCCUAGUACUUAUUCUAUCGAUGUGACUUCAGGUUGGAUCAUAUGACAUCAACAUACAAAACUCUUGUAACACUACUGUUGUAAAAGAAUAUCUUCAUAUAUCAUUUAUGAGCCAAGUCAUUGAUAUCAAUCUUAAUUUCAUUUGGUGAUAGGAUAUCCAUAAUCAUCAGUUGUUGCACAUUGGUCUUCUGAUCAUCUGAACCUUGCCUUGCUUCCAAUUUUGAUUGAGAAUGCCACUUUUAUCUUUCUUGUCAUCUUCAGGGCAUUUUGAUCAUUGUACACCAAAACUGUUCUGUCAUUUUUUUAUCAUCAAUAACAUUUUGCUUCCUCUUUGUAUUGGACAUCCCCACCCUGGUAUUGUGCCAGCUGUAGGAACAUAUCAUAAAGAAGCUUCAAUAUCAAAAGCUAUUGUUAAAGCUGUUCUUAUGUCCCAUCAAUGUCGAGGGGUUUUGCUUUCUUCUAGUAUGGAAAAUCAAUCAGUAAAUUGAGUAGAAAUCUCAAUAAAUUGGCAUCAAAGGAUCCAAAUUUUUUUUGUAAAGGUUCCUCAUUUUUACAGUCUGCAUUAUUCUUUCAUUCUGACUUAAGAUGUUGGAUAGUGUGGUGGAAUCUUAGAAAGUUUUAAACUAUCUUUUUAACUCUUUAGCAUCAAAACUGGCCUUAUCUAUUUCAAGUAUCAAUGGUGCAGGCAGCACUGCAAGUGUCAUCUUGAUAAAUUAUUAUAUCAGUGACAUCUAAGUUAUUUUACAUGGUAUGUUAAAAUAUGAUACUUGCUGUUAUUGGCAGUAACAGUUGCUGUCCAUCUGUCAUCGAGUACUUUCUCUUUUGAAAGCUUUAAAGAAUUAUAAAUUAAAUAUGAGAGGUAGAGCUGAUGAAGCAGGUAACUUAGAGUUUUUAUUUUUUUUUCCCUCUCAAUAUGAAUAUUUCAUAGAUUAUGUCAGUAAGAAGAAGCAAACUUGACUUUAAUGAAAAGGCAGCCAUGUAAAUGGUCUUCAUCAUGUGAUCAUCAGGUUGAGUCACAUGACUUUGGCAUUCAAAACUCAUGCAACUCUACUGCUGUAAAAAAAAAUUGUUAUGGUUAGAAAGUUGUGUCUGAGAUAGGUAUAAACAUAAUCCUGUUAUUUGGUGCACUACAUGAAUAUGAAGUUUCCAAUGAUCUCCCAGUAACUAAAUGAAGGUAACAGAAUAUUUUCUUGAUUUUUUUUUUCAUCCAUUCAUUGACAAUACAGUGUGAUUAUCAGGAACAUAUUUAUAACUAUUUUGUUGAAUCUGAAGAGAAUACAUAAAUUUGAACUUAAAUUUUA